AUGGCGUUUCUACGCCAGACGUCGACGCUCACGGUGAAGAAUUGGAAGAUUAUACUUCGCCACGCCGUUGCCGCCGUCUUCAUCGCAUUCAUCCUGCCCAUAGCUCUGACGACCUUCUUCAGCUUCGCAAAGAACCUGUUCGUGCCGCCAGCCGUCUACGGCAUCUCAGACCCACGACAUAUUCGAUCCCUUCCGGACGCCCUCAACGUUGCGGCAGGCUCCGGUAGAGAAACCGUUGUGUUUGUGAACAAUGGGUUUUCCGGAGGCGACAUCGACAGGGUCAUCGACGCCCUAGCAAACUCUGUUGAAAGUGCCGGCAAGACGGCCCUCCGCCGCUCAUCUACCACCGAUCUUGGCACCGAUUGCCCUACUAACCUUCGCGGUGUCUCCCAAUGCUACGGAGCCGUCGUGUUCCAAGCCUCUCCAUCGGAGGGCCCAGGUGACUACUGGAACUACACCCUCCGCAGCGACGGAGCUCUGCGAAGCAUUGUCGUCGAUGUCGAUUCUGACAGGAACGAUGCCCAAAUCUACCUAUUGCCACUGCAGAGAGCAGUCGACGUGGCCAUUGCUUCCGUUCAGUCCGGUUCAUCGUCCGGGUCCGGUCCGUCGCAAGUAGAGCAGGGCCCCCUCCCAGAGACUGUCGACGAAUACCCCUUCACGUCGAUCACCCAGGAAGAGCGUGCCGUAAGGAUUCGCAUCAACUACCAAAGUGCCAUCACUAACUGGAUGGGCGUGGCUUUCAUGACCAGCGUCCUUUUCGUCACGUACCAUCUCACCGGAUUCAUCGCAACCGAGCGCGAGAGUGGCAUGAUUCGUCUAGUCGACGCCAUGAUGCCCGUCAAACGCAGAUGGCACGCGCAGGCUGCCCGUAUCAUUUCAUAUCACAUCUCGUUCAGUCUGCUUUACAUUCCGGGUUGGGUGAUCGGGUCAUUGGUGUUACGCGCUGGUGUUUUCGCGCGAACCGGCGUUGGAAUCGUCUUGAUAUACCACCUACUCAACGGGAUAGCCAUGGUAUCCCUCUCCAUCUUGACCUCUUCGCUCUUCAAAAAGGCUCAGAUCAGCGGCAUUGCGGCUAUACUCGCCAUCAUGCUCCUCGGAAUCCUUGCACAGUCCAUAUCUUAUCCGAGCACUGCCGCCGUGGGGUUGCUCAGUCUUCUAUUCACGCCUUGCAACUACGUCUACUUCAUCACGUACAUGGCGAGAUGGGAGCGAGAAGAUUUGCCGACUAACCUGGCCGAGGUUGCCCCAGGUAGCCCCUGGCAACUCUCUGGUAUUAUCCUCUGGGUGUUCCUGAUUAUUCAGAUCUUUGCCUACCCUUUACUUGGAGCUCUGAUUGAGUCAUAUCUUCAUGGCACUACUACCAAAGGCAGGAAGAUAGUCUUCAAUCCGACCAAGUCCCGGGACGGCGGAAUUGCGGCCGACGGACCCCGGCCGGACGAUACUGCUGUGCGCUUGCAAGGUUUCACCAAGAUCUACAGCCCUUCUCGAAUCCGCCGUCUCUUCUCCUUCAUCUCACGCCCCCGCGAUCACGUUCGUGCCGUAGACAACCUGACUCUAGAAGUUCGCAGAGGACAAAUCUUAUGUCUUUUGGGCGCCAAUGGCUCUGGGAAGUCUACAACACUGGACUCGAUUGCUGGCACAAGCAAGCUUACAAGCGGCACUAUCACCAUCGAUGGCACUGGCGGACUCGGAAUUGCGCCCCAAAAGAAUGUCAUGUGGGACGACUUGACGGUAGAACAGCACAUCAAGAUCUUCAACAGACUGAAGUCCCCCGGGCAAGUCGCUUCCAAGCAGGAGAUUCGCGACCUUAUCCGGUCCGUUGACCUAGAGCUGAAAAGCAAAGCCAUGUCGAAGACGUUGUCGGGGGGCCAAAAACGCAAAUUACAGCUCGGCAUGAUGCUUACUGGAGGGAGUGCCGUUUGCUGCGUCGACGAAGUCAGCAGUGGCAUUGACCCUCUCUCGCGACGUAAACUCUGGGAUAUUCUCUUGGCAGAAAGGGGACGAAGGACAAUAAUCCUAACGACGCAUUUUCUGGACGAAGCCGAUCUCCUCGCAGAUCACAUUGCCGUUCUGUCCAAAGGUACCCUCCGUGCUGACGGCUCCUCGGUCGAGCUGAAGGACCGUCUCGGUGGUGGGUAUCGAGUCCACGUGCACAAGGAUACAGGAAUCAAGAACGCUCCCGAUGUUGAAGGAGUUCAAAAGAAGAUAUCUUUCGACCUCAUCAGCUAUAUUUCCCCGUCUUCAACCCUAGCCGCCCAGGUGAUUCGCACUCUCGAGGCUUCUGGAAUCCACGAAUAUCGGUUUUCGGGGCCGACCAUCGAAGAUGUGUUUCUUCACUUGGCUGAAGAAAUCCAUGGAGAAUCUGGCAAUGUGAUCCCCGAUUCCGGGUCGGACCUGAACGAAAAGAAAACGUUUUCAACUGCAUCGGCUGAAGCCCUUCCCGUCGGUGCCCCGCCUCAAGGGGGGCUGCAACUGCUAGAUGGUAGGCAGAUUGGCUUCAUGGAGCAGGCAGCCGUACUAUUCCGGAAGCGCAUCACCAUUUUGAAGACCAAUUGGAUUCCGUACUUCACCGCAUUCGCUUUGCCUGUAGCAGCUGCUGGCCUCGUCACUCUGUUCAUUCAAGAUCAAGGGCAAAGUGGAUGUGCGCCUUCCGAGGAUCGUUCACUCGACCAGGCAGAAGGAAUCAGCCUCACAGAUUUUGCCUGGAAACUGGUGCUUGGCCCGACUUCGAGGUUCGAUCUCAACACUGCCUCUAGCGUCCUUCUCCCAGUGUUCAACGCUGCUGCUGGCGGCUCCGGCUCUGGAGGCUCCGGCUCUGGAGAUGCAGCGCGGAUCCUGACCGAGAAUGCCACCUUCGUAGAAAGUUUCCAGGCCUUCCAAGACACCAUCUUCGAGCGACGGUUAGAAACCCUGCCAGGCGGAAUCUGGCUGGGUGGCGAUUCUAUGGUACCAACCAUCGCGUACAUGGCCAACUACAAUGGCCUCAUCAACCCGCUGCUCACCCAAAAUAUCUUUAACAUGCUGCUUAGCAAUGUCACGGUUAUGAUGUCCUGGGCGCCCUUCGCCACCCCCUUCGCCAGUUCGGAUGGAGACGGGCUACAAUUCAUCGUGUACAGCGGCAUCGCUCUGGCUUGCUACCCAGGGUUUUUUGCACUGUACCCAAGCCUCGAGCGACGACAGGGGGUGCGCGGGCUUCAGUACAGUAACGGUGUCCGUGUCUUGCCUCUGUGGUCGUCUUAUCUCGCAUUCGACUUCCUUAUCGUUCUCGCGUCCACAGCUCUUGUUACCAUACUCUGGGCCGCCUUGUCAUCCGUCUGGUAUCAUGUCGGCUUCAUCUUCGUAGUGUUUUUGCUCUACGGCUUGACUGCGAUCCUCCUGGCGUACGUGAUAUCUCUGUUCUGCAAGACAGCGCUGUCCACGUAUGCCUGGGUCGCGGCCGGACAAGCGGUUAUGUUCCUGGUCUAUCUGGUCGCCUAUAUGUGCACGGUAACAUUCUCGCCCGUCCCACGAAUCGACGACAACAUUCUUGUUGUUCACUUCGUCAUCUCAGCCGUCGCGCCUAUUGGCUCAGUCGUACGGGCCAUGUUCUUGGCCUUAAACCUCUUCUCGACGGCCUGCGACGGGCGGCAUCUUGCAUCAAACCCGGGUGGUAUUCUUCAAUAUGGAGGUCCCAUCUUGUACUUGCUCCUGCAGUCUAUCGGCUUGUUCGUCAUUCUACUUUGGGCCGAUAGUGGCUCUGUCGGAACGUCGGCCCGGCGACUUUGGCAGCGACGUUACCAUGACGAGACGGAGGACGCAAACGCAUCUGACGAGGAAGUCGCAAAUGAGGUGGCUAGAGUAACCACACAGAGCAGCGAUGACGGCCUGCGGGUCAUGCAUCUGACUAAAACAUUUGGGAGGAACACAGCCGUCGACAAUGUAAGCUUUGGUAUUCAAAGGUCUCAAGUGUUUGCUCUUCUUGGACCAAACGGAGCAGGCAAAUCGACGACCAUUUCUUUAAUUCGCGGAGACAUCAAGCCAAGUCGAAAUGGUGGUGAGAUUCUCAUCGAAGACAAGUCCGUCAUUCACGAUCUGCCUGCUGCCCGCGCAAACCUUGGCGUGUGUCCCCAGCACGACGCGAUGGACUUGAUGACGGUUCGCGAGCAUCUCGAGUUCUAUGCUCGUGUACGUGGUAUUCCCGAUAUCGGCCACAAUGUUGACGCUGUUAUCCACGCGGUCGGCUUGCAGGCAUUCUCGACACGAAUGGCCCACGCUCUCUCUGGAGGCAACAAGCGCAAACUGAGUCUCGGCAUUGCUUUGAUGGGCAACCCGAAGGUCCUCAUCCUCGAUGAGCCGUCGUCAGGACUGGACGCCGCCGCCAAGCGGAUCAUGUGGAAGACGUUGGCCGCCACGGUUACGGGCCGAUCCCUCCUAUUGACCACGCACAGUAUGGAGGAGGCUGAUGCUCUCGCAAGCCGCGCUGGUAUUCUUGCCCGACGCAUGCUUGCUGUCGGUACGACGGAGGACCUCCGUCAUCGAUUCGGCGAUGCCCUGCAUGUCCAUCUGAUCAGCAAGACGGCGCCACACACUACACCCCAAGAGACCGAACAUCUCCGCCAGUGGGUCAUGGCUACUCUCCCCGGAGCCGACGUGGAGGAGAAGACGUACCACGGCCAGAUGCGCUUUUCUGUACCUGGAAAGGAGGUUAUCAGAGCCUUUGGAGGCGAUAAGGUCAAGGAAAUCACACCAGCAAAUGAUAUAUCAUCAAGUGCGGUUGGCCAGCUGGCUGUAAUGUUGGAGGAACAGAGGGAGUAUUUGGGUAUCAACCAUUUCAGCGUUUCGCCAACAACACUUGACCAGGUCUUCCUUACCAUUGUUGGGAAGCAUAACAUUCAAGAGGAGGGAUACAAGGCGCCCGAGAAGAAGUCCUGGUGGCGAUGCGGCUUUUGA